UACAAAUGGGUACCAGCGAAUUUAAUGCUGGGGGUAACCCUUUGAUGGAUCAGCAUCCUAACUAGGAGGGGGUAAGAAAUACUCCUAGUUGCUUCAUGCUAUUGAAACCAGAGAUAAGCACUGGCUGCCUGAUGGGCCACUUGGCUCAUAUGCAGACUUUGCCAUACAUGGUCUAUUCAUUGCAAUUGGUUAAUUUGCUUAAUGAGGGUAGCACAUAAUGGCCCUCAGAUUCCCAAUCAAAUUGGAAUUUAUAAAUGUUGGCUUUGUGAUAAAUGGAAAACUGGAGAACCCUGUCAAAAACUAUUGGUAGGCUGAGCAAGGACAAGCACUUACAACAGCCUCAAAAGAAAUAUCAGGUCUAUGGUGAUCCAGUGUCUAAAGACAAGGAGUUUCUGGUUUCUAAAUUUCAGAUUUUUUUCUGUCAUUUUAGAUUUGCAAAGCAAGUAACAGACUUGUCACAGUUUCUACCCUACAUAAUUCCGACCGUGGUCCAAAGAUUAGGCCAGCCAGAAAUUGUGGAGUCUUGUGAGGAACUGAGGCUCUAUAUAGUUGAAAUGCUGUGUUCUGUUGUCGAGAUAUGUCGGGAAAAAGUUGGUGUAUAUAUAGAUGACAUGAUUAAAAUUCUUCAGAGAACACUUGUUGAUCCAUUUCAUGAUGUUAGGAAGGAGAGCUGUCGCUGCACUAACAUUUUGGCUACAGCAGUUCCUGACCAGUUUUACUUCCAAGCUAAUUCUUUAGUGAAUCCUCUACUGAAGUCUCUCUCUCAUCAACACUCAAAAGUCAGAGUGUCCUGUAUAAAGGUAAGGGUAAAUGUUUCAUCGCAGUUCUCUUUUGCCCAUUGCAAGCUAAUUUACCAGGGAGUAUAUGAUGGGGGAAUGUAUCACUUUGCACAUGAAGUACAACACUGUUAUUUAGCCUUUUUUUAAAGUUUAUUUUUAUUAAUCAUUUCCAAUUUGAACUCAGUAUUGGCAUCACUGCAACUCACAAAUUGCCGAACAUUUGAUUUUAUUGCUUAUUUUAUAUGCUUGUAUUAUUAAUCCUUAGCUUAUAAAUUGAUGAAGAUGGUCUAACUUCAAGGCAUACAUAUAUCUGUUUUUAACUGUUAAAAUUAUACAAUUUGUUAACAUCAGGCCUUAUCAUACAGUUAUUCUGUAGUA